AUGUUGUUUAAAAGUAAGCUUACAAAGAGGGAAGCCAUGAUGGCUAAAGACUAUGAGUAGCAGUAAAAAUUAAUGACAAAAAGAUUAGAGAGUGAAACAGUACAUUACAUAAAAGAGUUCUACAAAUUGCUGAAUACAUCCUAUGAAAGGAUUUAAGAGUGGCAAUAAAUUUAAUUGCAAGAAUCUAAUUGCUUAGAAAUGAGCGAGUAAAUUAAUGAGAUGAAAAAGAAUAUUAAGCAAUUUAACAAACAGAGAAAAAACAAUAGAGAUAUAAAUUAUCACUUAUCAAAUAAAAUAAUAAAUGCCGAAAUACACUUUGAAUUAACUCAUACGCUGAACCUCUUAACCUCAAUAACAUACAAAUGCAAAACAUUGACUUAAGUUUUAAUGGAAAAAAUACAAAAUAAUAAUAAAGAACAAAAUUAUUUGGAUGUUUCUACUAAUUAAAAUUAAUAACAAUCUUUGGAAGAGAAAUCUAUACAAUCUUAAUUUUUCUAACCCUUAUGUGCCACAGGAUUACUUACUUAUCAAGUUUUAAAGGCUAUAAAAAUAAUAAUCAAAAAUAAUUAAAUUAUUUCUCUAAGCAUGAACUAACAAGAAGAAUUCAUAGAUAAUCUGCUUCUAAUUAUGCUAUUAUGGAAUGGAUGGAAAGGCAAAAUAGAAAAAAAGAUAUUUAAAAACAGUGUGAUUGUUAUCGAGUCAUGUCUUGUUUCUAAAAGAUUUGCAUUCAAUGCCAGUAUUUUGAAGAACAUUAACUUAUUUAUUGAGAAGAUUUAACUAAAAGAAAUGAGCUUGUUUUUAAGAGUUUUGGCUCUACUUGUUCUUGAAGUUAAUGAUAAACAAAGUUAUAAAAAUAUUAGUAAAGGUGGUGGUAUGAAUUACACUAAUAACUACCUUCUGAUGAAUCAUUCUUUACUUGUAAAAUAACCUAUAUUUUUAAGUAAAGUAUUUGAGAUAGCUGAGAGUAUGAUUAAAGUACUUUAGUGUCUCAUGUAAUGUGAAUCAGAAAUUUAGUUGCAUAGAACAGUUUAGAUGCUCAAUAAAUCUAAAUAUCUGGAAUAAAGUGGGAUAUGUAUUAGCAAAUUAGUAGAAAAACUAAAUAGAAAGUGUUAAUAACAAUCAAACGUGUUAUUGAAUAAGAAAUCAAUCAUACAAUAUUGUUUACAGAAUUCUUCUUUGAUGGAGUUGCUUUUUAUUUUAUAAAAUCUGCUUUCUGGCAGUAAAAAAAUUAUAGUUUAAUAAUAGCUUAACGAGUUGGAUUUUAUUGAAAAAAUACUAACUCCGUUUUAUGACAUUUUUUUCCAUCAAGAGUUCAACUUGGAUCAGAUCGUAUGUGAAGACGAUGAGGAUACAGAAGAUGUAUGUUUCACUGCUCGUAUUUAGCUAUUAAGGAUAAUUAUUCAAUUUAUUUAAAGAGAUGAAGAUAACACAAACAUAAUUAGUAAAUUUAUUUCUACAACAGAGCACUUUUAUUUGUAAAAUGUAGAGAUUCCUCUAUUACUUCACCUUCAUCAUAAUUCUCAAUCAGCUAUCAAUGGUCAGGAAAAUAAAAAUAAAAGCUAAGAGGUAGAUGGUAUCCUGAAGUAUCGCAAUCUUUUCUUGGAAACAAAUGGUAAAGAUAUCUUAGAAAAUGAAGACUACCUUCAACAAAUAAAAUCUGAAGAAAUGAAAAAGAAAAUUUAGGAUCUUUAAUACCCUAGCUAGAUUUCAGAGAAGACAAUUGUCUAAUGCAGAAAAGAUAGGCUUUCUUACAUUGAAGACAAAGGGUUGAUGCAUAAAAUUAUCGAGUCUUUCAAAUCUGUAAAUUAAAAUUGUUAGUUGAGAUUCUGGUUAGGAAGCUGCCUUGAAAUUUUCCUAAAAGGAUCAAAUUGGUAUCAUUAAGUCUUUGUAUUUGAGACAAGUCUUUUGUAUACUUUGAUCAGGUAGUAUAUUUUAAACUAACUAUCGACAACAAAUAAUAUUCAAAUAACUUUGGAUGUUCUUGGAGAAUUAGUGAAAUUCAAUCACUUAAAUGUGAUUUAUUUAAAUCUUAUCUUGAAUCAGGAAGGCUGGAUAACUAAAAUAGAAUAAAAAAUGUUCUCAAAUAUUGUAGACACAAAUGUUUUUUUGAGAAAUCUUUACCUAACGUAUGAAUAUGCAGAAUUCUAGAAGAUAAGCAUUUUCAAAAAAGGGAUCAUUCAAAUGAAUAAAAAUGAAAACCUAUUUAGGAUUUUAUGCGAAAGCAACAACUUCCGUACUUUAGUAGAAUUGAUAAAGAGCGUAAAUGAAGACAAUCUAAAUUAAGAAAAUCUUUGUUGCAUUAAUUCGGCUCUUGUGAUUUUAAUAUUUUCAUAUUAAAAAGGUCAUUUCAAAUAAAUCUUAGAACAAAUUUUCAAAUAUUUUAAAGGACAAUAGACUUUAUCUCUCUUUUUCUAAGUUAUAAAUGUAUGGCAAAAUUAUCACUAAGUAAAAACUAAGGAGCUAUACAACUUAGAACACUCAACAAACAUCCCAAUUCAUUAUUUCAAAAUAAUUAUUCAAUAAUUUAAUAAUUUUUAUUAACAAAAUUUAAUAAAUUGA